AGAUAACACAUUCCUCCCAAACGUAGUGCCCCUCUGAUUUAACACUGGCUUCCUUGCCCCCCACAGUAAAAUUGGCCUAGAACCGCCACUGCUGCUAACAGCAGGUGGUGCCAGCUCGCCCGUGACGGAGAUCAGGCUGUGGAGGACCGAGGGCGUCUCCGUUCACUGCUCAUUAACUUUACCGUAAGGUCUCACCUGUCAGGUAACAACUCCAAAGCUGUGCAAACUUUUAUGACUUAAGUCCCGGCUGGGAAUUGUAAGGACACAGAUCCAUGGAGUCACCAGUGAAGGACUGCCCUGUUACAGCGGGCUUCCACCGGCUGGAGGUCCAGAAAACGACGUGGGAGAUCCCGGAGAGGUACACGUCGCUGCGGUCGAUCGGCUCCGGAGCCUACGGGACAGUGUGUUCCGCCAUUGACCAGAAGACCAAGGAGAAAGUGGCCAUCAAGAAGCUCUAUCGUCCUUUCCAGUCCCUCAUCCACGCCAAACGGGCCUACCGUGAACUCAGGCUGCUCCGCCACAUACAGCACGAAAAUGUGAUCUGCCUCCUUGACGUCUUCACACCUGACUCCACACUGGAAAAAUUCCAAACCUUUUACAUGGUAAUGCCGUUAGUAGCCCAGGAUCUGGGCCACAUUAUGAAGAGGCGGAGUCUAACUGACCGCAUCAUCACAUACCUGUUCUACCAGCUUCUUAGAGGACUCAAGUAUAUUCAUUCUGCAGGGAUCAUUCAUCGGGAUCUGAAGCCCGGGAACCUUGCUGUGAAUGAGAACUGUGAAUUAAAGAUCCUGGAUUUCGGCCUGGCAAGACAAACAGAGAGUGAAAUGACUGGUUAUGUUGUGACGCGCUGGUACAGAGCACCGGAGGUCAUAUUCAACUGGAUGCACUACAGUCAAACAGUGGAUGUCUGGUCAGCCGCCUGCAUCCUGGCUGAGAUGAUUACUGGCCACGUGCUGUUCCCCGGACAUGACAGUAUUGAUCAGCUGAAGAAGAUUCUCCGUCUGACAGGAACACCAGACUCCUCCCUGGUCCAGAAGAUGCAGAGUAAAGAUGCACAAUCGUAUGUGCAGGGUCUUCCUCCGCAAAAAAAGAAAAACUUCAAGGAAGUGUUUGCAUCCAUGGAUGAAAAUGCGGUCGGCCUAUUGGAGGGGAUGUUACUGCUGGACCCAGAGACUCGGCUGACAGCUAAGCAGGGACUGGCGCACCCUUUCCUGGCUGAGUAUCAUGACCCAGAGUGCGAGCCAGACUCUGAGCCUUAUGACGACUCCUUUGAGAGCAUGGAGCUCGCUGUCGGCGAGUGGAAGAGUCUUAUCCACAUGGAGAUCAUGACCUUCGACCCUGACAACCCCAGUAAGACGGCUAUGUAAGAUGCUGUGAUGUGCCGGCGCCUCCCAGUGUUUACUUAUAAUACAUACACAUACUGUAAAGGUCAACAACACUCAUCUGUAUUCCAAUUAAAAUGCUUUUUACAACAGGGCAGCUUUACUUGGUAUGGUGGCCACUGCAAGACUUUUCAAUUUGACACAAAUUAGAUGUGGAGGUACGACAAAUGUUCAAUAUGGCAGCCAUUUUUCAAGAUGCCCACCAGUGACAACUGUUGAUAGAUAGAUAAUAUAUAACAGAUUUCACAUUAAAAAUGAAUAAUAUGUAAUAUAAGCAUCAAAUUCGGUACCGUUAUGGCCAAAUACAAAAAAAAAAUACAGAUAUGGACCCUCAUAAAUGAUCAAUAUGGCAGUCAUUUUCCAAAUUGGCUGCCAGUGACAACUGCUUUUAGAUCAAUUUUCAUAUUUUCUUUAAAAAUGGCCACCAUAUUGAAAAGUCUUGAUCCCUCUACAUGUUCCCUAUUUUCUCUUUUUUGUUGUACUAAAUUUCAUGUUUCUAUCACUGGCGGCCAUCUUGAAAAUGGCCGCCAUAUUGAAAAUUAAUCGUGCCUCCACAUCUAAUUUUGUUCUAUAUGUCUUUGGCAAAUUUGACGCUUUUAUCAUAAAAAUGCACAAUCCUUAUAUAAUUUCGAGCUAAGAUGCCCCACUAUAGAGAUUAUGUUUGCAGUAAGGUUGUUUUCAUUCUGUGGUAUUUAGACAGUAGCAGUCGGCCUGCACCUUAAACUUUCUCAAAAACACGGAACCACUGAAUUCUAAAAUGCUGUGUUCUUAUUUUAAAAAGCUGGGGUCUGCAGUUUUUUACAGCCCUCGUCCUACACCUCUCCCCUUAUUCUCCUGAGCUCCUCUAUAAAGAGUCACUUAUUAUAACACAUUUUGACUAUAAUUAUCAGGUCUUUGGGUUUUUAAUGCUUAGACUUUGUGUAUCUUCCUUUCCUUAAUGUAUAAAUCUGUACUCUGGUUUCUUUUGUCAAAGAUAUGAAAACAGUUGAGAUAUAUUUGGAUUUUUGUAUCCAAACUCUCAAAAGCCAAAGAGCUAAAGUGAAUAAUGCAAAUUGUGAUUUGUUUUUUACUUUUGCACUGAAGUUGUGACUCUUCCAAAUCUCCUCAAUCCUAAAACUAAGCCCUUCUUUUCUUUUAUUUUCUUUUCUUAACAUUUAUUCAGCACUGGUCUGCUAACAUCAAUGUUUACCUAAAGGUCAAUUGCGGAAAAUGGUUCAAUUCAAUAAAGGUAAAGUCUGAUAAUGCAGUAAACACAUCCAAAAAUCCAAAGAAUCCAUACUGGUUUUUAAAAAAGCCAUUGUGAACAGAACAUUUAAGUGCUCCCAAACUUUUGGCCUGAUCACAAAAAUCCUUUUUGCACUUCCUUUUUCACAUGUGACAAUGGGAAGGUCAAGAUAGGGCCCCAAAGUCAACUUAAUGUUCCAUAUUUAGGCAAAAUUAAUUUAAUAAAAUCAACAAGUUGUCAUAUGGCAACUGGAUGCAAAAAUGGUGGUACUGGACUGUUUAGAGCCAGGAAGAAACCAGGGUGUGGACAGUGGGACUGACUGGGGAUCCAGAGAUAAUUUUGUCAUUUCAGACAGAUUUUUUUAAUUUAAAUUAAAUUCCACCACUGGAAAUCAGAAGGAAUUGUGAUAUUCUGCCAAAAUUAUACAUUCACUUUGUGUACAUUUACAUUAAAAGCCAGGUGAAGUGGCCUCCUGUUUUUGCAUAAAGAACCAAAUGAAACUGUUAGAAUGAAUUAUGUAAGAUACAAUUGAUAAAAUUAAAAAGGAAAGGUUAGAUUAUAUUGAUUGUACACAAUUGCACUUUGUUGUCAUAUGGCCAUAUGGUUGAAACUAGUGUUGGGACAACGAAGCUUCGUGAAGCAUUUGCUUUAUUUAUGUAGCCCAAGAGAUGGCGCUCUUUGUUCAACAAAGGGCUGAAAACUAGUGUUGGGAAAACGAAGCUUCGUGAAGCAUUUGCUUUAUUUACGGAGCCCAAGAGAUGGCGCUCUUUGUUCAACAAAGGGCUAAAAACACACUCAAUCCCCAUUGCUCAAGCCCUUUUUUUAAGCCAAGACCGCCAUCUAGUGGGGUCAAAAGAUAAAGCAAUUGCUUCACGAAGCUUCGUUGUGCCUUCAUUACUGAAAACACAGUCAAUCCCCAUUGAUGAAGCCCUUUUUUUUAAGCCAAGACCGCCAUCUAGUGGGGUCAAAAAAUAAAGCAAUUGCUUCACGAAGCUUCGUUGUGCCUUUGUUACAUAUUCAUCUGGAAUAUCUCAAUUUCUUUAUAUAUUCAUAUUUGAUUUCUAUGGAAUGAUAUUAGUUGGUGCAGACUAAAUGGCUCUUGAAAAACCUACAACCAACCAGGGCAACGGAAGGGAUGUCAGGGGAUGUCACAUGCAAAUUGGGGCGGUGCUGUGUCCAUUUUCAUGCAGGAAAAACAUGGCGGCCAGUGCACAGUGCACUUAAAUGCAUCUUUAAGGUGAGAAAUGUGCAUUACAGCAAGAGAUCAAACUGUCAAACUAUCCAGUGCUGAACAAAUCUGAAGGCCUGGUGUAUUUAGCUGGAUGACAGUCUUUGUAUCAAACAAGCCUCACGUUAGAUUAACAGUGUGAUUGUCUUGUCUACUGUCUCUCUGGAUGGAAAUCAAUCUGGUCCAUCUUCCAAUUUAUGGAUUGCCUUGCAGUGUAGUCAAAAGCUUUUUUUUCCUGCAGGACUUUCCUUCAUUCCAUUAGACUUUCACUAUCUGAAGGCUCAUUUUUUUAAAUCCUGAAAACAGCCAAAAGGAGGUUCAAAAGUUUAGUUUUUGUUUUUUGUUUUUGUUUUUCAGAACAAUACGAUUACAAACUGCCUACCUAAGCUUUAACAGACUUUACCAUGCCUUUUUUUCAGCCUGUCAGCUGCAUAUCAUGAAAUAUUAGAUAUUAGAUCGACCUUCUAAUGAACAACGUGAGAUGAUGUUGAAGUCUAUGAAAAAAAGGAAUAAGUGGAGCUUUAUUAUUUUGUAGAACGUCUAUUUCUUUUACGAUCAGGAUACAUCGCAACUUCUACAAAAUAUUUAUUUCAUUGACUGCUGCUUAGUAAAGAAAUGUAUGAAAAUAUCGUUUGGGAAAUUACAAAUUACUUUCAAUGUGGCUGAGAUAGAUAAGCAUGUGGACUGACAAAUGUCUUUGCAUGUUACUUGACUUCCUUGUACAAGUACAUAAUUAAAAGAUAAUGCUGGUUUUAAUAAAAAAAAUAUCCUUGGUUA